UGCCCCUAUUCCGCGGGGGGCUCUGCUGGGCUCCCCGGCCGCCUCCCUUGCGCGCAGGGGGCUCGGCUGGCCCCCGCGGCGCAGCGCAGUGUUGAUCCCCUUGCCGCUCCCCCGCCCCCAGCCUCUGCUCCGGCGCGCUUCUCUCUCCCGGCUCCAGACCCGGGCUGCGCGUGUGUCUGGGGGGGAUCCCCGUUUCCCACGCAGCGCUGUGUCCGCCCCCACCCCGCCUGCUCCUCCAUGGCAGGGCACGAGUGGGACUGGUUUCAGCGAGAGGAGCUGAUCGGACAGAUUAGCGACAUCCGAGUGCAAAACCUCCAAGUGGAGAGGGAAAAUGUGCAGAAGAGAACCUUUACCAGGUGGAUAAAUCUACAUUUGGAGAAGUGCAAUCCUCCUCUGGAAGUGAAAGAUUUGUUUCUUGAUAUUCAAGAUGGGAAAAUCUUGAUGGCUUUGCUGGAGGUCCUGUCGGGGCAAAAUCUGCUGCAUGAAUAUAAGUCCUCAACCCAUCGUAUUUUUCGAUUGAACAACAUAGCUAAAGCACUGAAGUUUUUGGAGGAUAGUAAUGUAAAACUGGUUAGCAUUGAUGCAGCAGAAAUAGUGGAUGGAAACUCUUCUCUGGUACUUGGACUAAUAUGGAAUAUAAUCCUGUUUUUUCAGAUUAAAGAACUGACAGGCAAUCUCAAUAGGAACUCCUCCUCUUCCAGCCUGUCAUCUGGGCCCAGCGGGGCUGACUCAGACACAUCUCAUCCGAGCACUCCUAAUAUAGAGAGAAGCAUGUCUCUUUCAGUGAAGGAUCAGCGGAAAGCAAUCAGAGCCCUUUUAACCUGGGUUCAAAGGAAAACCAGAAAAUAUGGUGUUGCAGUUCAAGAUUUUGCCAGCAGUUGGCGGAGUGGCCUUGCUUUCUUAGCUAUAAUAAAAGCAAUAGAUUCCAACUUGGUAGACAUGAAGCAAGCUUUGGAGAAAUCAGCUCGGGAAAACUUAGAGGAUGCUUUCAGCAUAGCACAAGAUCAUCUUGGUGUUCCUAGACUUCUGGAGCCAGAAGAUGUAAUGGUUGAGUCACCUGAUGAACAAUCAAUUAUGACGUAUGUGGCACAAUUUCUGGAGCAUUUCCAAGAAAUAGAAGGGGAAGAUUUUUCAGAUCCUGAUAAGAAAAUCCCAAUUGAAACCACAUAUGUCCAUAUCAAAGACGCAUCUUCAGAACAAGAGGGCAAGAUCUUGAUAUUGAAUGAAAAUGGAGAACGUACAUACACUGUUAGCCAUGAAAGGAGCCACUCUCCUCCUACAAAGGUUUGUGUCCGUGAUUUGCCCGAGGAACUCCAGUCAGAAACUGCAGAUGAAGAACUUAAUGACAAAUUGAAUCAACCGUUAUCAGAUAAUUCACAGAGAGUCUCAGAAGAGUCAUUGGUUUUGUUGUCUGCAAAAGAACCUCAGAGGCCUACCUCUUUGCAGAUUACAGGAUCUGUCAGUUUUGAAUCCAGUUCCUCUUGGGAAGUUCUUAGUGAUAAACUGAUUCAGAAUGAAGGAAGCAUAUCUGAUGAUCAACUGAAACAGAAUGAUGACCUUUCAGCAACUAUUUUGCCUGAUCAGAAAAAUGCUGGCGACACAGUUGAUUCAGAAUCAUCUUCUAAAGAAGAAUUUACUAUAAAGAUGUCUCCUGAAUGCAACAAUGAAAUUAAGGACUCACUAGUCUCCAAAACAUGGGAUAGUUGUUCUUUGAGCCCAUUAUCUCAGACUUCAGAUGCAUAUACAAAUGAACCAACAAAUCUAAUAGAAAACACUGAACCCAUAACUUCAACUUUUCUACAGGAAAAUGCUUCCAAAGAAGAGGAUAUAUGUAAAUAUGUUUUGUGUCUACUAGAUGAAGAACUAUCUAAAAAACUUCCAGAUGGGUAUGAACAUCCAAAACAAUCACCUGUUUUUCAGACAGUACAAGAUACCAAUUGUUCAUCCAAUGAUUCUGAUCUCAAAGGUCAAAUGGAAAUAUCUUUGUCUUGCAAAUCGGAAAAUUCAACCCCUCCAGUUACAAAAAUUCCUGAGAAUCUCAAUAGUCAUAGUGAAGAUGGAUCUUCAGCUAAAAUGUCACCAAAUUCUUUGAAAGUUUCUGUAAUUCCCCAUGAUCUUUUCUACUAUCCACAUUACAAUGUUCCCAUAUCAGCAGUUUUGGAAGCUUUUGCUAAGCCUAGUCCUGCCUCUUAUGUUUCUGAAAACAGCAAAAUCUGUGGUGAGCUCUCAAUGAAUUAUUUGCAUGAAGGGGAGCCAUUGCUACUAAACAAUGAAAGAGGCAUUCUGGACCCAGGUCUGCAAACCAACCUGAGUGUCUCUCCAGCAGAAUUAGUUGCUGAGGACAUAGAAGAGGAGAAAGUGGGUCUUGACAGUCCCACUAAGUCCUCCUCUGAAAAAAUACAGUCUGCCCGAAUAGGAAAGAAUGUGGAACUCAAGGAAGACAGCAGCAUAUCCACAAACUCUCAAGAUUCUACAAAUCCAGAAAAUCCUGAGGUCAUGGUAGACCAGAUGGAGGAUAUAGCAUCAGCAAUGUUGAGAUCAGAAAUAAGCAGUAAAAUGAAGGAAAAAAAGAAAAAUGUGAUCCAAGCAGAAAACUUUCAGACUUCAGAAACUGGGACUACACAGUUACCUGAUAAACAAAAAGAAGAAAUCAUUGAUUAUCAGGAGUUUUCCAGGGUUAGCUACAGCGACUCUAAUGUUUACCUCCGAAAAAGGAUUCCUAAUCCCAGUGAAAAGGAACACGUUAGUGAAAACAAACAGAAGAACAUAGAAGAUAAAAGCACAAAUCUGUUAAUUAUCAGGAAGAAAAAAGACUUAGAGGCUCCGGAGAAUGCUAUUCCACCUCUUGAGCCUCCAUGUGUAGAGCAACCCGAGUUAUUUUACUUCAUUGUUUUCCUCUGGGUGCUGGUCUACUGCCUGUUGCUCCUUCCGCAUCUUGUUAGCAACAAAUUUUGAUCUCUGUGAGUGUGGGAAUAAUAAAAGACAGUGGCUUGAUUUUUUUCAUGUGUAUGCAUAUAAAUCAGUUCCUUCAGGUGAAGCACAGAUAAACAUAGAGUCUGAUUUUAAAGCUGAUACGAAGAUUAGUCUUAACUUACUGUUGUGCUAUUUAUAAUGUUGUAGCACAUUUUAUAUUGUGACAUUGUGUAGAUAUAUAUAUAGAUAUAUAUAUGAAAAUGGGAUGAUUUAAUAUACACAAUUUUUGUACAUUUGUGCCUUGCUUUAUAAAAUGCUAAAUAAAAUUGAUAAUUAUUAGUAGAGAUAUAGAUGAUUUAGAGCUCCAUUCUUCAAAAAUGGUUCUUCAAAAAUUUUUCCUCUGGCUACACUUAUUUACCUAGGGCCAUGUAGCUGUGAAAGAAGGGUAAUGUGUGACUUCAUGUCAAAGCUUGGUCGUCCACAUUGGCAGGGCUUGAAAUAAGCUCUUUUCUGUAUUUCCAGUGGAAAUACUUUGGUAGAAGAAGCUUAAUCUUCCUCAAUCAAUUAUUCUUCUAUCGUGUGUUUUGUUUUCAGUUGAAAGGACUUUUCAAACACAUGGGAGCAGAUUCUGAUCUCAGUUGCGCCUAUAACUUCAUUGACUUCAGUGGAAUUGCAUCAGAAUUACACCAGUGUAGCUGAGAUCAAAAUUUGACCCGUAUUGUUACUGUGUCUUGGCAGAAGAACUGCAAAUAUAAAUCUUGCUGUAUUUAAUAAAAACCUAAAAUGCUACCAAAACAAGAUACUCUAUUGCACACACUUCUCCUGGGAAUAAUAUGAGAGAGCAAAUAGUACUUGACAGUCAUGCAUUACUGGAAGGCACUCAGAAUCUGUGGUCAUGGGCAAGUUUUUCUGUUGUAUAUAGAUUCUUACUCCUUGCUCAAGUCUGGAGUGAAGGAGAAGCUUAUACAUUUCCAUUAGUGAAAUACAAGGAAACAUUAUGCUGAGCCUUGGUAGAGGUGAAGUGAUGAUUAUGAAGUUUGUCUUUUCUGCAAGUUUUCCUUUGAAUUCAGAUUUAUUGCUGUCCUCUCGUCUUUGAAUAUUGUACCCUCUAUGUUAGCAAAUUGGCUGUGAAAAAAGAAAGAUCAGGGUAGCUGCUUAGCAGAAGAGAUUUAAAGGAAGGAAAGGAGAGCCUGGUAUAGAGACUUUAAUAGAGGAUACCUCAGGAAACAUUGACAUUUCUUCUUUUUAUACACCACUGACAAAGAGGCCACCAUCUAAAAUAUCUUUUAAGGCGCAUCUCUCUAAAAUAAAUGAUUCAUCAUUCCCUCCAAAGCAGAUUUUUACAGAAGGAAAACAUCAGUUUGGAUCUCUUGCCUCUUCUGCUAUGUUAUCUACUUCCUUGUCCUUUACCAUUCAGCCUCUGGAUCAGGUGCAUCAGUGAAUUGCACUUAUCAGAUCAUAUGAAGACUCUGCCUUUGAAGACACCAAAAAUCAUAAAAAACCCAGCUUAUCACCUUCUGAGGUGGAGGUGCAACACAAGAGGAUUAUAAGAACUGAGAUCAAUAGCGAAAGAAGUGACUACUGGAGAAAUAGAUCCAGAAAAAUGUCAGCAGUCUAUAUUUCUUCUUUCUGAAAAUCUUGAGUACAUAUGAAGGGACUUCUAUCGCCAGACAAAUAGCAAAGAUCCUGGCUUGCAUUUGGUCUGAUUCUUUUGAUCAAAACCAGCAUAGAAAUGGGACAGUAAAAGUGUGAAGAUGUUAGUGAUUUCUUUAUAGCUUAUACUGAACUUUUAGCCAGAAUGGGAAUCAGGUAUAAGCUUGGAGUCGCCUACUUGGCAAUAGCAAUAACUUCUACCCAUGGUGUUUCUGGUAUAGUCAUCUGCCACCAUAGGCACAUUUUGACUUCACGAUGCCCUCAUGAGGACAUGUAAUGUUGCUGGUUCGAUUUAAACAUCCAUACAUCAGACCACAAAGCGCCUUAUUAAAAAAAGAGGUGUUUUGUGGGCUUGCACUCAACUUUGUUAGAAUAAAAGGUAUUUAUAAUAAGAGGCUGUAUGUUUAAGAUUCCCUUUCAGUACGUUAUUUUUAGUGCUCAUCUUAAAUAAAAGC